UAUAGUCUAAAAUUUUAUUAUUAUAAAGCGUUUAUUAAAGCACUUAUUUUGCAAGGCAUUUAUCGCACAUUUAGUGUUAUAAAUGUACAUGUGAUAUCUUGAAGCUAAUAGCUAAUGUAGCCACUCAACAUCAUCACACUCAUUGAACUCAUCCCAAUUUAUUAUAACUAUGACAGCUCAGGUCAAUGAAUCAGACCAGAUCAAACAGUUCAAAGAAUUCCUGGGAACCUACAAUAAACUGACAGAGAACUGCUUCAUGGACUGUGUUAAGGAUUUCACCACAAGAGAGGUCAAGCCAGAGGAGACUUCAUGUUCUGAGAGCUGCUUGCAGAAGUAUCUGAAGAUGACGCAGAGGAUCUCCAUGCGCUUUCAAGAAUACCAUAUCCAGCAGAAUGAAGCGUUGGCUGCUAAAGCCGGUUUGUUAGGACAGCCACGAUAAUCAUCUGCUGCUGGACUGAACUCCAGACCAUUACGCCAGGCUCUGUCUAUUCCAGCAUGGAGCAGGGCUCUCCAAACCGGAGCCGCAGGGCAGAGGACGCAGACACUGGGAAUAAUGAUAGAAGUCCUGUAACGUCUGCCGGCUCUGGAUCAUUGGGAAUUUAGUCCUCCCAAAGGACAGACACUCUCGUUGUGACCAUUAUGUUGGUCUUCCAUAAAAACAUGUUUGUGUGGUUCAAAAUAAAAUAUUAGUCAACUCUUAA